CUUUCUUCUGCACGGCCAUCACCUGCAGAACCGACCGCCAGGAGCAUCUUCAGGCCUUCGUUGGCUUUGUCCAAGAAUGUUACUCCUUCUAUCUUCCGUCACUUUUCUCAGCCUUUCUGUGCUAUCUGGAGCGACCAGCCUCAGCAGCAGAGCUUCUGUGCAGUCGAAUGCGACUUGUGGAGCUCAAUAUUUCUGGUUGUACAACCACAAGAGUAUAUCGCCUUGUUGGUUGGCGGCAGCUGUGACGGGACCUUGUCAACAAGGAGAUUUCAACGUCGCUCCUUUACAACCUGACCAUCAUUAUGAUCCCCCAAUCAAUGCGACGGCGACUCGCUGCCUCUGUUCAUGGGCUGCCUACAAUCUAUACAGCGCAUGCACAGCAUGUCAAGGUGAAGUUGGGAUCCUAUCAUGGCCGGUUUAUAGCCAGGAUUGUCCAAGCGACUACCUCUCCAGCACCACGUAUUGGCCGGCCAAUUUCACAAUUACAGGAAACAACGAGCUUCCGUACUAUGCUGGAACUAAUCCAUCCACUUGGGCAGAUCAGCGAUUCAACGUGCAACAAGCCAUGAACAUUACAAAUCAGCAACAUCCAGACUUGACAGGAGUGUCGCCUAGUCCUACCGACUCGUCAACUAAGAACAAAAGUGGUACGCCGGUCGGAGCAAUCGCGGGUGGCGUAGUAGGAGGAGUAGCCGUCUUGGUAUUGGGGGCGCUGACAUUUUGGUACCUUCGCCGAAAGAGGAAUGCCACCAAAUUCAAAGGAGUUCAAGAGUUAGACCCCGGAUAUCAGAGGAACUCGUUUUCGGAGGUAGCUCAUAAACCUUUACACAAUCCCUCGUUCAGCUAUGCUGGUAGCACCUUUCCAACGUCAACUCACCCUGCCAGCCCGACCGUGUAUACGCACAAUGAGAGCGUACAUUCCUUUUCUCAGUUCGGCUCUGUUUCUGCUUUUACAACCCCUCAUUCUCCUCUUCCUUCACGUUACGUUACCUCGCCUGCCCCAACCAUGCAAACUACCUUCCCAACUGCGGCACCAGAAGACCACAUACAACCUUUCCUCAUAUCUCCAACCCAUUUAUCUCAGACUCACUCCCAUCCUGAUCCUCCGGUGACUCCGAGGAAAGGUGAUCUCGUCGUUCUCAACCCCACGCAACGUAUUCCUGGCCCGCCUGUCAAUCGUGAUGACGAAUCGGUGGAAGAAGGAGCAGUCAGAGGAAAUGGUGUAUCCGCAGACCCUCCAGCUUACACUCAAUAUCCAGGAAAUAGUGAGUCAUCGUCACAUAACGUGGCCGCUGUUCGUAGAGAGCAACAUGGUCACGGACAUCGUCCUUACCCAGCAGAGAAGGGAAAUCGUUCUCAAGAUAUGACCCAAUCUUCCGCUACUUCUCCUUGGACGUCUGUUGGAAGUGGAGAAACUAUAAAUAAUAGUGCGACUUCUUCCACCGUGCCGUUUGGUAUCUCGGCCGGAGAGUUUGGUCAAAUCCGUACGCCGCAGAGAUCGCAAACUCGUUUACCGCCUCCAAAUUCAGGUCGGAGUGUGAUUGGCGAUGGAGACCAGGAUGAACAUGUUGAAGUUGCUUGAUCUUUUCUUGAUUUAUUUUCUCUGUGAUUGUAGCCUUAUGAAUCUAUACAGUAACAGUACCGGUGGCUUUGAUGGGUUUUCUGUGUUUUUUGACUAAAUAGCUAUUUAUUAUACGACUGAGUAGGUUACGGACUUAUAUGUAUUUCACGAUAAGUUGAUAGAAUACGAUUCGUCGAUGCGUUAC